GUUAAAUUGGAGGCAACGACGAUCGAAAACAAGACACAUGUUUGUUCCGUGGUGCAUAACUAUACGUUUGUGAAAAAAAUGGCAAAUAAACGCACUAGGAAUCGUAAAAAGUUUAAUUACAAUGUGAACUUACGGAAAAAAUGGAGGAAAAUGAAAAAGCAGCCGACAGUUCUGUGUGAACAGAUGAAACACAACUGGGAUCCUAAGAAAACAACAAAGCAGAACAUGCAUGAUAUGGGCCUAUCUUAUGAUCCAAAUGAGGCAGUACCAAUACCAAAAACCAAGGAGGUAAUGAAACCGAAGAAUUUGAAAGAUGAAGAGGAAAUGGAUGUAGAUAAUAUUAGGAGCAGACAGACAAAAAAGAAGAAAUUAGACCCAACUAAGCUACAUGUGGUUCAAGAAUUGGAAGAUUUGUCCAAACUACCUACAAAUCCAAGUAGAACGUUCCGUUUAUCUGCACCAGUUGUGCAGUACUGUGUUUAUAUGCUUGACAAAUAUGGAGAUGAUUAUAAGGCCAUGGCAAGGGACAAGAAGAACUAUUACCAAGAUACCCCUAAGCAAAUCAGACAAAAGAUCAACAUAUUUAAAGGGAUACCUGCACACUAUAAUGAAUACCUAAAAUCAAAGGAAAGUGGUAAAGUUGAGAAUAUGGAAACGGAAGCCUUAACAACAUAGGAUGGAGGGCAUAUGUCACUGGUAAUAUUGAUCAGAAGGGGCAAGGCAAGCAAAAUAGUUAAUCUUCAUCUUGGAUGUUGGACUUGGAAUAAAUAACGUACUCGCUAGGUAGCAGUAAACUGUACACAUUGUGCGUUACUGUUUUAUAUAAUAAGCAGAACACAAUCGUUAUGCACUCACUGUGUUGUACGACAAAUCCAACUCCACUCCCUGUGAGUGCUAAACGAUGCGACACCAGUGGCGGCGCUAUGGGGAGGUUAGGAAGGGCUACAGCACCCCCCCCCCCCUCCAAUCGGGGAGGCUUUGUUCCCCCAUAGGAGAUGUUAGUAUAGAUUCGUCUUGGAUAAAAUGAUAUUUUAAAACAUUUUCUGUAUUAUUAUCAAAUGUUGGCCUGAAUUGGAUAGGAUAUAAAUUAAUAGUUUGGACACUGAUGAGAUACAAAAACACCAUCCUUAGGUCAAGAUGCCCUGUAUAUAAGUGUCUGGCAGAUUAUUUGGGGAGGGGGACACACCCGUCCCAAAUCCUUUCCCGGCUUGGGCCUUCGAAUAGCGCUAUGCACCAAAGUACAAUUCUUGGCCUGCUGUCGGGGAAAUCCUAGUGCCACUGUGCGACACCGUUUGCUGACUGUUGGUGGCAGUCUGAAUGGAUCGUCAUUAAAAACGAUCCGUUGCAUGCGUUGUGCCGUUCUCCGUAGUUCUGCGUAGGCCAGCAACAGUCGGGCGUAUAGCGAGUGCCAGAAUUUACAAGUCUGACAUGUGGCAAAUACCCAGUUGCUAUGUAUUAAUAUUAUCAGCAUUAUUAUUACUGUACUAGGAUGAUUGAUAGAGAUAAUUGAGAAAAAUCCAUCACUUUUUAAUACAGUACAUGAAUAUUUUAGUAUUACAGUAAUAGCAUAAACCCAGAGGACCUAUAAAAGUCCUUGCAUAAACAGCGCCCUCUUUUAAUUAUGUAAAUAUAUUUGGAACCAAUAAAAGACAUACCAACAAAUGAAAAACUAGUACCUUGAAUCACGUCAGUCUUUAUUAUAUUGCUCCUUGCAGUGAAGUUUUACAAAUCUGGCAUCCACCAGGUGAUACAAUAAUAAACAAAACAAUAG